AUGGAAGAAUCAACUGAUGAGACUCGCUCACCUGCUCCCAACGUUGAUCCCACUGCAGUCUUUGACUGGGUGAAUCUUCGGGAUGAAACUAUGAUCUCGCCCACAGAGCGGGUGCUUCUUCUCCGCACCAAGUUCCUUGCCCGCCAGAAUCAGUCAAUUAUGCAAGCACAAGAGAAGAUCCUUAAGGUUUUAAACAAGUCUCGAAACCGACGUAGUAGUGUAUUGUCCGCCGUUACUAGCGUUGUUGAAGCGUUUGAUGCGCUAAACGAUCCUGCUGACGACAUGAAUUUGGCUCUCACCGAAGCCCACGAAACCUUUGUCGGAGAUACAAACAGCAAGCUCUAUGUCAAGCGCACCAUUGCCGCGUCGCAAGCCGCCAUGACAUUCCGAGACUACAUCGGGCAAGCAUUCUCCGACAAUGAUGGUGAUCACCAAGGCCUUUCCGAUGACAAUAAACAGCUAAUCGUUGAGGAUUUUUCAAUCUUGAACGCCGAUCUCGUCACCGCCGUCUACAUCGAUCUCAACAAGGCCAUGAAGAAACGCAAGUUCAAAUCGAAGGGCAAGACCAAGGCGAAGGGGAGGGCCAAGAAGAUGGGCGAAGCUGCUCCAACUCGUGAAACUAUACCACUUGAAGCUGCCCCUGGAAGUGAAGAUAUCUUUUUCUUCACCGUUGACUCAUCGCAAGUGCCCUCGGCACAGGACUAG